ACAUGACCAACUGAUCAGAUGACACGAGCCGCCGCGAACGGUGGAACGCACAGAAGGAAAAGCUAAAGCAUGAGUGGCCGACUGUUGUUUACCUUCGUUUCGGUGCUACACCUUGCGUGUGUCUCGACGACGAGCCAUAGAAUCCCUCCACAUGAAGAGGUUGCAAGGGUUGCACGGUUUGUUGUUAACCAGUGCGACUGGGGUUCGAUGGCUACGAUCUCAACUCAUGACCCCGUGAAAGGACAGCCUUUCUCCAACGUAUUUUCAAUAAGCGAUGGUCCAGUGGGUUACGGGAGAGGAAUUCCGUAUAUGUAUUUAACUCACAUGGAGAUAUCCGUAAAGGACUUGGAGGUGAACCCCCAGGCUUCGCUGUGUGUGUCUUUGGCUCAGACAGACUUCUGUAAGGCACAAGGCUUUGACCCCCAGAGUCCAUUGUGUGCGCACAUUAUCCUCUCAGGAUCCGUGGUGGAGGUACAAAACAAUACAAUCGAGGCAGUUGUGGCCAAAAAGUCCUUGUUUGAUCGCCACCCAGAAAUGUUGGACUGGCCAUCUGAUCACAACUGGUUCUUCGCCAAGAUGAACAUCACUCAGGUGUGGGUGCUCGACUACUUUGGGGGGGUGAAGACGGUCACUCCAGACGACUACUUCAAGGCCACACCAUACUAGAAGAACAGAAACCUGUUCCUGAGGGACAGUCUACGCAUUGGAUCAACAUGUUUGCUUAACUUCUACUGGUCGUUCCUAUUAUAUGGAUUUUACACGAUAUGUAAGAGUAAAAAUGUUAUAAAAGGAAAUAAAUUGUCGGAAUGUGCAGCACUUGCCAUAAUUUAAUUCCAAAGGCCAUGUUAUGUUUAUAUGAGGCAAGGUAAUCUGAUGUUUCUACUGCUUGCAGUACUCAGGAACACAAUUCUAUAGGAAUAAAUAAGAUGACCUAUCGUGUAUGGUAUUCUAACACCUAAGUGACUGAAUUUAAACACUGGCGACAAAAAAAAUUGUCAAACUGGGGAAUAUACUUCAUCACAAGCACCUGGCAAUAUGUUAUUCAGAUAUUGACACAUUGUCCCAUGCCUAGUAAUAAAAUUAGAAGAUCUAAGUGUUGACAAUGAUUAAACAAAAUAUAUACUAGUAAGGAUAGGCCUAAUUGGUGAUAACCGGACAGAUGCGUUUUGAAUAAGGCUCUUCAAACAUCAAUCCCGUGGCUGUCCUGUUAGCAAGAGUAAGAAUUUUAAAUUUACCAUUAGCAGCUGGGGCCCAGUUAAGUGUAAUUGAAUUAUUAUGCCUAAAUGCCUUAAUAAUUAAAGCAACAGGACACAAUGAUUGUA